AUGGCAGUGAUCACCUUCACGCCUCUCUACGGCGUGCACUCGAGCGCCCCCUGCUGCGCGUAUCUGCUCGAGGUGGACGACGUGUGCAUCUUGCUCGACUGCGGCUGGACGGAUGAGUACGACGUGGAGAUCCUGAAGCCGCUGCAGCGCGUGGUGGACCGCAUUGACUUGGUGUUAGUAUCGCACUUGGACCUGGCGCACAUGGGGGCGCUGCCAUAUGCGAUGGGCAAGUUGGGGCUGAACGCGCCUAUUUAUGGCACACUGCCCGUGCACCGUAUGGGACAGAUCGCUCUGUACGAUGCGUUUCAAGCCAAGACGAAGCACGAGAGCGACUUUGCGCUCUUCUCACUGGACGACGUGGAUCUGGUCUUUGAAAAGUUCCAGCAACUGAAGUACUCGGAGAAGUUGACGCUCACGAGCUCCGGUGAAGGCAUUGUGAUUACGCCUCAUGUGGCUGGCCAUCUCAUUGGCGGUGCGUUGUGGAGAAUCGUGAAGGAGACGGAUGACAUCAUUUACGCUGUGGACUACAAUCAUCGCUCGGAGCACGUGUUGCAGAAGACGAUCUUGGACUCGUUCACACGUCCUACAUUGCUCAUUACAGACUCAAUGAAUCUUCACGCAGAGCAACCAAAGCUUAAGGACCGAGACAGCAAGAUCAUGAUGGAAAUUUUGAAAACAGUUCGGAGUGGAGGAAAUGUGUUGAUUCCGACCGAUAGCUCUGGCCGUGUGCUGGAGUUAAUGCGGGUGUUGGACCAGUACUGGAUUCAGAACAAGCUACGCGAUCCGAUUGCGCUUCUCCAUGAUAUGAGUUAUUACACGCCAAAGGCUGCGCAAGCAAUGCUGGAGUGGUGCAAUGACCGCAUUGCAAAGAACUUUGACGUCGGUCGUCAGAAUCCGUUUCAAUUCUCACACAUUCAUCUAGUACAUACUCUGGAAGAACUGGAUGCUCUCCCAAGUCCAAAGGUGGUUUUGGCUACUUCACCAAGUUUAGAAUGUGGCUUUGCAAAAGACAUUUUUAUUCGCUGGGCUCCUGAUUCCCGGAACAGCAUCAUUUUUGCUUCAACGACGCAAGAAACAUCGUUUGCAUCUCGUGUACUGAAGCUUGCAAAGGGCCCGUCAGCAGAAAAAAACAUGUCAUGUACAGUGAAAGAAAAAGUGUUCUUGGAAGGAGCAGAGCUUGCACUGUAUGAAGUAAAGGAACGAAAACGUCUUCGGGCUGAGGCUGAACACAAGGCGAAGGAGAUUGAAGAGGCAGCUAUGGAAGAUAUGAUGAUGGGAAUUGAAGACUUUGAAUCCGAGUCGGAAGAAGAGGAAGCUACACAGCAAGAAGUUCAACUUCGGGGUACGUUCAAGGUCGGUCUGGGGCAGUUUGCAUCGGUCCGGUAUCCGAUGUUCUUUGCUGUAGAGCCCAAGAUAGAGUGGGAUGAAUAUGGAGAGAUCAUCAAUCCCGACGACUACAAGGACGCGUCUCUGUUGGCCAGCCGCCAGGCUCGCCGCAACCUCAUCGAGGACGAAGACGGAGAUGUGGACAUGGACAAAUCCAAUGAGGAAGCUGCUGUUGAAAGCCGGCCAACUAAAACAAUCACAAACGAAGUCGUCGUCAAUAUUGCUGCCCGCAUCGCACAAGUUGACUUUGACGGUGUUGCAGACGGUCGAGCGAUUCGAAAUUGCUUGGGCAAUGUAAAGCCUCGAAAGCUCAUUUUGGUUCACGGUACGGAGCAGACAACGAACGAGCUUAAAGAGUUUGUGGAAUCGUCAAUUCCAAUGUGCGAAGCCGUAUUUACUCCGAAUGUAAUGGAAUGUAUUGAUAUCGAGUCCGAUACAAACGUGUACAAAUUGUCGGUGAAGGAGUCGCUGUACACGUCGGCAGUGUUCUGCAAGGUCGGUGGCCACGAAGUCGCCUAUGUUACUGGUCAGCUCGCAUUAUCGGAGAAUAGCUCCGUGCCAGUGCUGCAGCCGCUCAACGAAAACGGCGGCCAGACGGCGCACGAUCCAAUCAUGCUGAGCGACGGGAAGAUGAAGCUCGACGUGAUGAAGCAGGUGUUGGGCAAGGCGGGCUAUCAGGCCAAGUUUCGUGGCGGUAUGUUGGUCUGCAAUGACGGCGUCGUGCUAAAGCGCGCGAUGGAUAAUGAGAUCGUGAUGGAAGGCACGUUGUCGAGGAGCUAUUACCGCAUCCGAGCGCUGUUGUACGAGCAGUACACGCUCGUGUAG